AUGGAGCGACAACUUACCCAGACUUCUGAGCAAGACAAUAGCCCUGGCCCGGGAAAACAACGUUCGAACGAAAAUGAAGACAAGGAAUUUAGUUAUAAUAUAAAGAGAGAGCAACCCGUGCAGCAAGAUAAUGGCCUUGUUGCCGACAACCCGGGAGAACAACUUUCGAAUGAAAGAGAACUUUGUAAGGAAUUUAGUUAUGAUAUAAAGAGAGAGCAACCCGUGCAGCAAGAGUCCACUCUUCACUUGGUAUUGUGUCUGCGGGGUGGUAUGCAAAUUUUUGUCAAGACACUCACGGGCAAGACGAUAACACUGGAGGUCGAGUCUAGUGAUACGAUUGAUAAUGUUAUAGUUAAGCAAAAAAUUCAGGAUAAGGAAGGUAUUCCUCCAGACCAGCAACGUUUAAUCUUCACCGGUAAGCAGUUAGAAGAUGGGCGUAAUGGCCUUGUUUCCGACAACCCGAGAGAACAACUCUCGAAUGAAAGAGAACUUUGUAAAGAAUUUAGUUAUUAUAUAAGGAGAGAGCAACCCGUGCAGCAAGAUAAUGGCCUUGUUGCCGACAACCCGAGAGAACAGCUUUCGAAUGAAAGAGAAUUUUGUAAUGAUAUAAAUGUAAAACGACCUAUACAGAUGCAAGACAAUAGCCUUGGUGCCGACAACCCGAAAGAGCUACCUUCGAACGAGAGAGAACCUUGUAAUGAUAUAAAUGGAAAAUAUCUUGAACAGAAGCCUAAACAAGAUAAUAGCCUUAAUGCUCACCAAAAAACAGAGCGACAUGAUGCGAUUUUUGAACAUUUGGAAACCGUUAGUACGGGACUAGUGGAGAGUUUGGAUGGAAUAGACGCUCCGGGAUCCUUUAAUAUUGAAGAAUUUACACCAAAACUACUUUUUGUUGCUAACGCAAUAGAAAGAAAUCAGUACAAACUGGAGAAUGCACGAGAGUAUUCUAAAUUCUUGAGAAGUCUUGCGAAGUCUAAUGAAAGAAUAGGAAAGAGUAUAGAAGUACUGUACAAUAGUGGAGAGGAGGAUCUUAAACGCUUCAGAAAAGAACUCAAUGCAAUGGCUUCUAAUAUUCUUGUUGGGAAAUCACUCCGGGGAGAGAAUAUUGAGCGACUUAUAAAUAAAUAUCAAAGUUUGAUCGAUCAGAUGAGUUCCAUCAUCGACCGUUUAAAGGAUGCUGAGAUAUCGAUUAACGACAUGUCGGAACUCUGUAACGAACCGAACCAACAAAUAGACAAAGUUUUAGCUUACAUCAGAGAGCUGGGAGACGAUCGGAGUGAAUACGUGCUCAAUGAAUUGAGCAGACCGUUAGAGCAAUACAAGGCAAUCAUAAAUCACCUGAUGAAAUCUAACAAACAAAUUGAAAAAACGCUUCAAACCAUGAAGAUGCUGAAAAAAUCAUUAACACAGGAUAAAGGGGUGUUGUCAACACUUGUAGACAGGGAUACGAUUGAACUCAGACAAGAUAAAGUCGCAUCUGUCAGUAGAGCAGCAGCAUUUAUCGAAGAGAGAGCUGGACGAUUCGUGAAGAAGGAUAAAAAUAGGUCUCACAUGAUAAUGUGA